AUGGUGGAACUAGUUCCUCAUCGUCAACUUUCAGGGCAUUUCUUCGCCACCAUUUCUUGCAUUCUCAUCAUUGUCCUUUCCAAUGCCGUUGUCCCAACCUCGGCCGCGAGGGUUUGCAAAUCGACGUCCAACCCUGCUUUAUGCGACUCCCUCACCGUCCCAAAGGGCAACUCCGGUAAUGUCUAUGAUUCCGGUAGACAUUACGUGCGAGAAUCCUUGAUUUCUACUGAUAAGUACUUGUCAUUGAUCGACAAGUACCUUAAACACCCCGAUGGCUUAAGCGUCGCGGAGAUUCGUGCUCUCCAAGAUUGCAGGCUUUUAAUCCAGUUAAGCAAAGAUUUCUUCCUAAACUCAUUCAAAGUAGUGAACAAAACCUCUAAAGUACUUCCCACAUUGGAUGCCGAUGAUGUCCAAACCAAGCUGAGUGCUUGUUUGACCAACACUCAAACAUGUUUGGACGGCCUUCAGCAAGCACCUUUAAAAUCCUCCGGUGUUAGAACUGAAAUUGUCGAUCCACUUUCCAGUGACGCCAAAAUCUUCCAGCUUUCUUUAGAUUCCUUCACCAAAGGAUGGGUCCCAGAGAAGAGAAAGAUCCCUCCUCGUCCUCACGCCCCUCGUAAACUCCCUCCUCUUCCCCACGGACAUCGGCCGAAAAUAUCGGAGCACCACCGGGAAGUUUACGAGACGGUGGUGAGCAACAGGAAGCUUCUCCAGAGCAACUCCGACGAGACGGUUCAGAUCAGGGAUAUUGCGAUCGUGAGUCAGGAUGGAACCGAACAGUAUAUGACCGUGAGCGACGCCGUGGCCAUGGCACCGCUGGAUUCGAAUAGCACCACCGGAUACUACUUGGUUUACGUCAUGGCGGGCGUUUAUAAUGAAAUUGUUUCCAUUGGCAAAGACCAGAAAUACGUGAUGAUUAUUGGAGAUGGCAUCGACAAAACCGUUAUUACAGGGAAUCGCAGCGUUACGGAUGGUUAUACCACUUACAACACUUCCACCUUUGGUGGUCUCUUGUUCACAAUUAGUCGACCAAGAUUAGAUCAAAAUCUAUCUUCGAUUUAG